AUGUCAGAGAAAAACAAUGUCCGACUUACGGCCUCAGAAAACGUCACCGGCUACGAGGAGCGCGACAAACUCAUCGACCAGGCUCGAGAAAUCACGAAUCUGCGAGACAGCAUCGACGAAAAAACUCGCGAGCUCGCUCAUUCGCAGCAGAUCCUGUCGCAAAAGGACCGAGUUCUUUACGAUCGAAGAGUUCAGCUGGAAGAGCUGCGAUUGAAGGCGGAGCAGGAUUUUGAUUUUUCGCAAAAUCAUGUGGCAGAGCAUGCGAAUAGAAAUGCCAAUCUUUCGCUCAAAUUGAGGAAGAUCCAAAAAGCCAUCGUCAAAUUGCGAUCGAGAAAGAUUCUCAUCCAAACAGAAAUUGAAGAAAAACGGGAAGAAAACACGCUCAAGCAGAUGAAAAUCAAGAAAGAAACGACUGAAGCAAAAAUCAAAUUUGACGCGUCUAGAGCUGAUCAUCAAAAAGAGAUCGAGGCUCUCAAAAAAGAACUCUUUAAGAUCAUCAAUUCGGCCAACUUCGAAAACUGGACCAAUAAGCAAAAAGCCACCAUUGAAGAUUUGAAGCUAAAACGGGAUUUGGAAGACAAGGAAAACGACGUCUUCGAGGUUGAGAAAAACCGACUAGAACAAGAACUGGCCUCAUUGACUGGCUCGCAAGAAGUCAGCUUCUCUGAUCAGCGAAAAAUUGGAAAUUUGAGAAAGAAAAAGGCAGAGCUUCAAGAAAAAUUGGCAAAACUUGAGAGUGGCAUUGAUGUUGACCUCAACAAUAAGAAUCAAGUCAAUAAAAAACCAAGCUUGAAUAUCGCAGUCGACCAAGAAGACGAGGACGAAGAGUUGAAUUUCGCGGAUUCGAUUGAAGUUGAAACAGCACCGAUUUUCAACAUCCAAGCACCAACCUUGGUUCAAAGCGCGCCCCUAAUUGAUGAUCAUUCUCAUCUUCCGAUCUCUGAACCUCCAGAAACGCCACCACCUCAAGAUCUCGAGCUGCGUUUCGCAACUUCUUCUAAGCAUGUUCAAAGCGCUCCCCAAAGCCAAUCCCGCACUAGGACGAUCAAUCAAGGGUUCGGAAACUCUGGCCAGAAUUUUUCAAAAUCCUCGACUUCCCAGAACAUCAAGCAGUCUUCGAAUGGCGGAUUCACAAAGACGACUUACUCCAGCAACUCGAAAUCGUUUGCUUCUCCGAUUCCCGCUGCGAGAAAAAAUUAUUCAAGCGAAGGAAAUUCAAAACCAGAGAGUUCUUCGAGUCGCUUUGAAUUGGCCGGCUUUGAUUUUUCGAAUAGUAGAUCUAAGUCAGGAUUCACCAAUUGGGAGUCAAAUCAGCCGCUAAAAUCCUCAGGAAAAGCAACAACUAUCCAUUCUGGUGGAAACUCUUCUCACUCAAGCCACUCUGGCGGAGGAAUCUCAAGGUCUUCAUCAAGAUUUGGCGGCUCGAAUAUCAUGUCAACGACGAGAAACUAUCAAGAUGGCACUGAAAUCACCGUGUCCAAGGGCGAGAAUCUCAAUUCAUCCCCAUCAAAAUCCUCAAAGGGACGAUCAAGGAUCGAUGAUUCGGCCUACGGGACAAUAAGUCGGGCUUACAAUGAAACAACUCAUCCCUCGAAUUCUUCAAGACGAUUUCUUCAAUCUGAUCGACCAAUUAUGUCUCCUGAUAAUUUCAACGAUGAAAUAAUGAGAACUGCUCGACGAUAUUGA